GAAGAACAGAGUUGGGGUGUUUGGCAGGUAAAGGGAAAAGAUAUAAAUGCAAAAGGUUAGGCAUCUCAGAGCUGAUGACCCUGGAAAUAGAAGCAAGGUCCUUAUUACCAUGCCUGUGGCUCUCUGUGUGGAAGUAUCUCCCGCCCCCCGCCCAAGGAGGAAAGACUGGGAAGUCAGGCGCUGAAUUCAUCGAAGAGGGAAGGAGCCCGUCCCGUAGGCCAGUGAACAAUAUCUACCAGGAUCUUGGGGUGGUGAUAUCGAGUCCUGUGAGGCCCGGGAGGCCAGACUCCCAGCAGGCGGCAGGAGCAGUCGGUGAUAGAGCCCGAGGGAGCGAGGAGCCACUGCUGCUGCUGCUGCUCCUCCUGCUGCUGCCGCUGCCGCUGCUGCUGCUGCUGCCGCCGCCGCCGCCGCCGCCGCUGCUGCCCCCGCUGCCGCCUCUUCCGCCGCCGCCACCAGUCGGAGGAAUCAUGUCCCGCAAAGGCAAAAGUGGUGUCUCUUCCAUGAAUGACGAGGAGGCCCUCCCGUUCUCUUCUGACGAAGCAAAAGGGGACGAUCUCCAGGAAAUUAAGAAGGAGCUGGUGAAGAUUGAAGAGAAGGUGGAUGCUCUGCUGGCCAGCCUGGAGCAGAUGGAAAGCGACCCGAGUGAGCAGUGUGACCCGUAUGUGAGGAACAGACCUGAGGAGGAGAUGGAGAGCAACAACGCUGCGCAGGAAGCGGAUGCCAACAUGGAGAUGGAGGAGAGUGGGGGCGCCGAUGGCGCCGAUGGCAACCAUGCUUAGGAGGGGCCUGCCUGGAGGAGGAGGACAGGGAAGAUCAAGUCAGGGAGGACCAGUUGGGGUGGCUCUAGAAUGAGGGAAGAGCAGUAGGGCAGUAGUGUGGUGGUAGGGGUGGCAGCGGCGGCAGCCCUGGAGGAGCCAGAGGGCAACAGAAACACCAUGGGGCGAGCAGUGCUCUUUAGCACCUGCGGGUCCCAGGUCGAAGGCUCGCCCCUUAUUGUCACGGCUAGGCCCCAUCCCAGAGCCAGCCUCCCCGGGUCCUCUCCCAUGGUAUCUUCGAGCAUAUGCUUCCUGUCGUCCUCAAGCUUACUGUCCCCAGGCUCAUUAGCUCCCCUUCCUCCUACAGGGGGCCUCUUUCCCUAAGAGUUACAGUAAGGCCCCUGCCAUUUGGCUCACUUCACUCUCAUAACUUUUUUUCUGGUUCAACAAUAAAAAGUCCUAUUGCUCUG